CGAAGGGUCAAGAGAGACAUAGAGCAAGCUCUGGUGAUGAGCUCUGAUUUAAAAGGGCAGGGCCUAGACUUCUGGGAAGCAUUCUCAUUGGAGUAGGAGAAAACUUACGAGGGAUGAAAAGUCAAGCCCUAAGAGGACAGAAGUUAGUGUCAGGUUAUAUUUUUCAGUUUGGAUUUGUUGGAGGAUGCUAGGCAGCCUAGGUCCUGCCACAAAAGAAGGGAGAGUCUUGAGAGGCUAUGGUACCUAAGAAGAAAAAAAGUACACAGUGGGCCUAGGAAGGCACUGUAGGAACCCUGCUACCAGCCUGACAUAGCAAAAAGUCCAGGGAGGUAGCUGGGGGUAAGUCUGAAGUGACAGCCCUUGUCUGCUCACUACAGGGUCCCUGGGCUAGAACUCAGAGGAGGAGGGCUGCCUGGCUUCCCCCAACAGCCAUAAGGGAAUGUGCUUGAAGCCCCCUGAGGGGAUAGGGACUCUUGAAAGCUGCAAGAGGGGGCUGUAAGGACCACGGAUCCCAGAGUCAAAGGAUGAAGACCUGAUUUAAAGAUCUCUGAUUCUUGUUUGGACUCUGUUACCCCAGAUUGGGGUGGGGGAGGACAUGCUAUGAUGACCUGACUGCAGAGCCUUUUCAGGAGAAGAGGCAGACCACUGCAGGGCCGGAGCUGGUGGUAGUGCUAGAUGAGGAAAGCCUGCUAUGCCACACAGCCACAAGGAGAUAGACAGUGGCCUAUGCUCCAGUUUGCCUUUAAUAGCCUUGAGGUGCUCCACGGUUUCUCUUGCUGACAGCCUGACUUUCUCAUCUUUUGCAGCCUGUGGUCCACGGAUGAUAUUAAGUGAAAAAAAACAUUGAAAAUGUCUCAGGAUCCUGAUAUUCCACAUACAAGUGAGGAAAAAUCAAGUGAUUCAGAAGAUAUCCAAGAGGACAGCUUGAACAACCCAGAUCAAUCUAUGAGAGAAAGGAUACGACGAAGUACCUCAAGUCCACACAGAUGCAACAGAGCUCAAUCUAGUCCCCCUCGGCUUGUGUCGAUGGAAGAGCUGAUGGAAACAGCAAAAGGAGUUUCCAAUAUGGCGUUAGCACAUGAAAUUGUAGUCAAUGGAGGCUUCCAGAUUAAACCAGCUGAAUUACCAGAAGGCAGCCUGGAGAAAACUGUAAAAGAGAUUGUACAUAAAGCUUUUUGGGACUGUCUGGAAGCCCAAUUAAGUGAAGAUCCACCAACAUAUGAUCAUUCAAUUAAACUUGUUGGGGAGAUUAAAGAGGCUCUUCUAUCUUUCUUAUUGCCUGGUCAUACUCGAUUAAGAAAUCAGAUUACUGAAGUUCUGGAUCUGGAUCUGAUAAAGCAGGAGGCAGUGAAUGGGGCCCUGGAUAUUUCUAAGCUGGCAGAAUUCAUCAUUGGAAUGAUGGGGACCCUUUGUGCUCCAGUUAGAGAUGAAGAAAUUAAGAAACUGAAAGACAUUCAUGAAAUAGUCCCACUAUUCAGAGCAAUUUUCUCUGUAUUAGACUUAAUGAAAAUGGACAUGGCUAACUUUGCUGUCAGUAGCAUUAGGCCGCGUUUAAUGCAACAAUCUGUUGAAUAUGAAAGAGAGAAGUUUCAGAAGAUUUUUGAGAAACAGCCAAAUUCUCUAGACUUUGUCACCGACUGGCUGCAAGAAGCAUCAGAUGAUCUUGCCAAUUUGAGGUGUAAAAAUUCACCUUCCCCUGGUGUUGGUGCUGCUGCUAGUGGAGUUCCUGUAUUGUGUCCUGCUGCUGUACAGAAUUGGGCAUAUCUAAAGCUGCUUAAGUGGGAUCAUGUGCACAGGCCUUUCCCAGAAACAUUGUUAAUGGACCAAACCCGCUUUCAGGAAAUGCAGCUGGAGCUGGAACAGCUCACCUUGACUGGUGCUAUCCUCCUGGUCAUGUUCAAUGUAGCGGGUGCAGCACUUUCCAAUCUGCCAGGGUUUGCUGACAAAAUCAAAACCAUUAUAAAGGUGUUGUUGAUGGGAAUGCAUCUUCCCUCCUUUAACCUGAGUGAAUCUUUGGCUACUCUUGGUGAGAAGGUCUGUGCUGAAGUUAAUAGCUGUCUUUCCCAACAUGGAUUCACGCCAUUCACAACUGAGAAAGAGAUUGCGCUUAAAGGACAGAUCCAGACAUUGGGAAACUCUGACAACACCAUAUGCAAAUUGAUAGAUUCUCGAAUCCAGGCAUUUUUGGAGAGCUAUCUGACUUCUGGUCAUCAGAAAUCAUUUCCUGCUAUUCCUGGGGGAUUAGGCCCUAUUCAAAGAGAGAUGGAAGAAAUUGCUGUGAAGUAUGUUCGCCUUGUCAACUAUAACAAGAUGGUGUUCAGCCCGUACUAUGAUGUGAUCCUCAGCAAACUACUGAAUAAGGAAGAAUCCCAAUUGUUAGGGUAGUCAUAAGAAUCAUCAUACCAGUUUGUAUGCUAUCUAGAUAGUGUUAAUUUUGUCUGCUAAAAAAAAAUUGCAACUAACUUGGCUUUGGAAAAUGGCGUUUUAUUACUGUAACUCAAUAGCACUGAUUCUGAAGGGGAAAAUUAUGUAUAAGUUGGGAUAGGCACUUGGAAUUAAAUGGUAAAUAGAUGCAUUUUUAGCAUAAGUAUUCAUGCUGAAGGUAUGUUCCUUAAUUUUAUGGCUGUAGUUUUUGCUACUGAGCAGAUGUUAGAUAAGACUAAGCAAGCAAUUGUUCAACCAGACUGCAUUUUUAAAUUGCUGAUUUUGUGGCGGGGGGGCUUUUUGUAGCAUUCUAACUCUCCAAUUUACCAUGAAGUUAGUGUAUGCGUUCAUCUAGAGAAGAUUAGCAAAGGUCUCUUCCAUACUGAGUGAUUUGGCCUUCUGAAAUCUUAUUUUAACAACUGAAGAAAUAAUUUAAAAUGUGAGAUGUAAGAAACUUGAAUCAUGGUGGUUAAGAGCAGGCCCAAACAUAGCACUUUAUUUUAAUAGUAUAAGGCUACUAGUCUUUCUGCUAAUCACAUUUUUUCUAUAGCAAUUUUUGCUCUCUAUCUGCAAAUAAGUUACCAAAAACAUGAUAUAAUUAUAUUUUGUAGUGAAUUUUCUGGUUAUCAAAUAACUGUCUUCUUUUAUGUACUGUGUUACAAGGGUGACAGUCUAUAAGAUUGCAGCUGUAUUUAUCUCUUUGUAAAACUUUCAGGUGGGCCAAGAGAGAAAUGUUUUGAUAAGAGUGGCAUUUCUUGCCUUUUGCUGGUAGUUGACUCCUUUUUAUAUGAAAUACUAUUUUAAAAAAGUUAACAUUUUCAGAAGAUGGAUGCAUUGAAUUUCAGGCAUGAGGAAAUUUCCUUUUUUUCUAAAACCGUGAGACUUAUGAGACAAUUGUAUAUGCUCAUAGUUUCAGAAAUAUCACUGAAAUUUAAACAUACCAAGAAUGUAUUAAUAUUUUAAACAGUAACUUUAAAAGGUAUAUCAGGAAAUGAACUAUUUAAAGUUAAUUUGAAGUCAUGAGAGAAUAUUAUUUAGUGUUAGAUGCUUUUUCAUGUUUUACAGAUGUUCUUGAACUCAAAGUAUUUUAGAUUCUUGAAGAUAACUAGCAAGAAUUUCUCUAAAUGCACUCUGAAGGAUUUCUGAUCUUAGUAAUUCAUAAAAUAUGGAAAUUUAAACUUUUCUUGGAAGUAAAUUUAAGGUUUAGGACAGUGAAAAGGCACAUUGAAACUUUUUUCAGCUGCUAAAGCCCAUCAGGUUGAGAAGAACUUCGGCAACUAUUUCUAAGCAUCUCAGAUAAUAUAAGGUGAAAUGAGCUCUUGUUAAUAAAUGAUAGGCUGGUACCUUGUCCUAAGAGUUUUGGGGCGGGGAGACGCUAUGACAAAAAUAGAAUAUUUACUGUAUUCUAAAAUGAAGACUUUACAAGAAUGCCUUUUUUUGACGCUAUUGAUUAAUAAAAUAAUAGACUGGUUGACUAGUCAGUCACAUUCAGCAGAACAGUGGGAAGAAGGGAGGUACCCUAGAAUACUUAUUCUAAUACUUACACUUCCCUUCACAUUUUGAAAUUUCAUUAGUUCCUAGGGCUUGAACGGAGAGCCGAUGUACGGCUCUAACAGUUUUCUGCUCUUUGGGGAAGAUGGAUUAAAAUAACAAUAGCUUUACUUGUUUGAUGUAUCACCACAUUAGCAUAUUAAAUCAAUCUCAAACUUCGGUUGCACAAUGCAAAACAAAACUUACCUCAUAUUUAUGAUUACAAAACUACCGACAAUAUUAGGAAACCAUUUUCUUUGUUGGAUGGUUCUUUUGGCUGAACUCCUGAAAAUAUAUAUAUGAAUAUUCUUUAGUAAAUUGAAAAUAAGUAGCUUAAGCUCAGAAGUUUGUCUAGCACUAUUUUUUUGUAUUGUCCAUGUUCUAUUCUACUCUUGGACUCACUGGUGCACCUCAAUCCCUUUGUUCUCUGCCUGUGGCACAUAAUAGUCUAGUCUUCUAUGGGUUGUAAUACUUUAGCCUAAUUUCAGUUGUUGGGUUUAGCGUGUAGGUGCUGGGUGGUACUGGUGGCCUGUGAUGCCAGAGUCAUGUAGUCUGAACUCUUGUGUCUUUAAACACUAUACUUUCCAUAGAUAGAAGUUACUGAGGGCUAUUAGAGAGAUGCAUUUCUUGCUCUUGUCCUCAAGCAUUGGUACUACAUUUCUCCAUACCUUUGUGUAGCGUCAGUGUGAUCUUAACUCUCUUGUGUAUUCGCAGAGGAUGCUUCAAACCUAUUACAGUAGAUAGUGCUCUUAAAUUGCAAUAGCCCAAACGCUGCUGCAGCUCCAAAGCUAUGUUUUGGUAUUCACCUCAACAAUUCCUGAGAGAGAGAAACUACUCUGCUUGUGAUAUUCUUGUUUAUGAGAUCUAAGUGUACAGGUUCUAAAUUGCUUCUGUUUGUUUAUAUUUCAGCAGUGCCCUAAUCCUCCAUUAAAUGCAGUGAUUUACAAUCUUAAAAAAAAAACAGUGCUGGGGAAAAGAACACAAUGCGCAAAGUAAUCAGUACAUCUUUCUAGUACCACUAUAAUCCAAUUUUGUUUGUUAUGAUACAGGUGCAGCAGUAUGGGAUAGGGAGGAGGGACAUAGACAAAGCUGAACUGUUUUUAAGUUUUUUUUUUAUGGAAUUUUUUUUCAUUUUCACACUCUGUACAACCUAGUUCUCCUCAGGCCAUCAGCACAGUUCCUAGUGUAAUUUCUAGCCCAGUUUUGUAGAUUCAAGUUGUUCAGUGAAAGCUCCCAAACUACUGUACCCUGAAACCUUUUGAGUGAUUAUUUCAAGGUAGGAACAAGACAGAGACUGAUGCCAAAAUGAGAAGUAGGAGUCAUGAGCUGAUAUGAUGUGAAAUUGAGGAUUAAGGCUAAAAUUUUCAAACCUGGUUCUUGUGUGCUCAGCCCUCCUGAAAAUAAAACUACUUAAUCAGAUGUUUAAAUAUGGACUUACCCAUUCAGGUCUGAAAAUCUUUGGAGUAGGUGUCUAAGCGAGAAAUAAGCAUACCAGUAGCAGAGGAGUGAUGACUGACACAACUCGCUCUGAGCCCCAUAUGGCUUUUGUGGGUGAGCUUCCUUAUUUAUGUUGUGCUAUAGCAAUGUUUGGCAAAUCCUGUAGAGUUCCAGGCUUAGACUUUAGUACCUCCAGUGGUUCCCCUACCAGCUUUGUUUAAAAAUACGCCGAAUCAGUUCUGUUUUGGUUUUCUUACUACAUUUAUCACUGAUUGCUUACAAACCAAUCUACCUGUGUAAUGCUAAAACGAGCAUACUGAAACAGUUUCUCAUGAGCAGAGAUGCAUGUGCUUAGCAUCCAUUGAGUAAAUGCUGUGAUAAGUACAGUUUCAGGAUGGGUGAUCUGUUGUAUGGAUAAGCAAUGGUCAAAUACUGAAUUGUGGGAUAAAUGUGUACUUGCUUAAUGUAGGCCAUCAGCACCCCCAUUUAGACAAAGCUUGCAAAGUCCAGAUGUCCAUGAGUGCCAGCUCCUGCUUACUGUUCUCAACACACACCUGUGCAUGGUGCUCAGUACAGUAAGUCUUGUCUUUCUCAAUACUGAGUUUUGUUCCUAAAGCUUUAUUAACUUUUUUAAACAAAAUGUAAUCUGGGCAGCAGGCACAUUGGUCGAGGUUGGGGUGAUGUACUAGCAGACAGCCAAUGACUCCAUGUUUGGGCUUUGUCAGUCUUGCAGAUAGUGUAAGUUGCUGCUGUGUUGUAAUGUUUAUUUUGGGCAUUUGUUACCUACUACUACAUUUUAAGUGUGUUCUUUUUAAAUGUUACUAUAUGUCACAUUUCAGUUACUUUCCCCAGGUGUUCUAAUUGUUGGGUGACAAGCUAAAGUGAAAAAUAUUCUUCUGAUGAAGUCCCUUUAAAAAUAAAUUCAGAUCAGUGUGGCAAUGUAAGCUCUCAGGCCAGUAACUGGAAGCUGAUUCAGCUUGUGUGUGCUGCUCACACAGCCACAUUUGCUCCCCACUCUAGGGCUCUGUGCCAAACAGACAGGGGCCUACCUCUGUAAAUAUCCCCCUUUACGCUUCACCUUGUUUCCCGUCAAAUGAAAGUAUGGGCUGGCAGGUUACUAAGCAAUUCCUAUUGCAAAUUCAACUUGCAUAAUGUGAAGCAUAUACUUUACUUACUGAAUAUGUCCACCUCUUCAAAUCUCACUACACUAUAGCUAUCCACAUGAGUGGUCAGAAUUUAAGUUUGUCUUAUUUAGUAAGAGCCUGUAUAAUCUGGAGGGGAAAAAAUGCUCUAAUCAUUAAAGUGCAAUGUGGAAUAUUACGGUGCAAGUUUAAAUGCAAUCUAAGAGAGAUGUACAAUUACACAGAAGCUGCAACUUAAAGAUUUUUUUUAAAACCAGUGCAGUCAUUUUCAAAUAUGUUUUAUAACUGAGCUUGUUUUUGCUUGUAAACUAAAGAUGGUAACGAUGGAUAAAAUUAAUGCAGGACUAACAGUACUUCUGGAAAUUUCAAUAUACAAAGUGUGCAUCUGA